GGCCGCAGAGCCCAGCCGCCCGCGCCCCCAGCUCCGCGCGUGGCCAGGACGCGAGUGCACCCCCGACGGCAGUCCGCCUCCGCGCCCAGCGCACGCCCCGCGCGGCGCCUUUCACCUGCAUUGCCGGUGGGCGCGGACUGGGACCGCGCAGCGCCUGGGGACACCGAGGCAGGGCAGACGCCAGCGCAGCCUGCGGAUCCCGCGCACGCUCCGGGAGCAGGAAGAGCCAGCAUGCCGGCCCCGCGCGGAGCCGCCCUCCUCCUGUUGCACCUGGCCCUGCAGCCCUGGCUGAGGGUCGGUGCCCAGACCAGCCCCCGCGUCUUCGACCUCCUGCAGUUCUCCGGCCAGAGGUUGAACCCAAGCAUUCUGCAGCCAAUCCUGACCCAGCCCACCCUGAAUGAGCUUUAUGUGAUUGCCACCUUCAAGCUGCAGACUAAGAGCACAGCCACCAUCUUUGGCCUUUACUCCUCAACUGACAACAGCAAAUAUUUUGAAUUUACCGUGAUGGGACGCUUAAACAAAGCCAUCUUCCGUUACCUGAAGAAUGAUGGGAAGAUCCAUUUGGUGGUUUUCAACAACCUGCAGCUGGCUGACGGGAAGCGGCACAGGAUCCUCCUGAGACUUAGCAAUUUGCAGCGAGGGGCUGGCUCGGUAGAGUUCUACCUGGACUGCACCCAAGUGGAUUCUGUUCACAAUCUCCCUAGAGCCUUUUUAGACCUCUCCCAGAACUCCGAGUCCAUCGAAUUGAGGACUUUCCAGAGGAAGGCUCAGGACUUCUUGGAGGAGCUGAAGCUCGUGGUAAGAGGCUCGCUGUUCCAGGUGGCCAGCCUGCAAGACUGCUUCCUGCAGCAGAGCGAGCCGCUGGCCGCCACAGGCACAGGGGAUUUUAAUCGGCAGUUCUUGGGUCAGAUGACACAACUCAACCAGCUACUGGGAGAGGUGAAGGAUCUCCUAAGACAGCAGGUCAAGGAAACAUCGUUUUUGCGUAACACCAUAGCCGAAUGCCAGGCUUGCGGUCCUCUCAGUUUUCAGUCUCCAACCCCAAACACAGUGGUGCCUCCAGCACCCCCAGCACCCCCAACACGCCCCCCGCGCAGGUGUGACUCCAGCUCGUGCUUCCGAGGGGUCCGAUGUACUGACACCAGGGAUGGCUUCCAGUGUGGCCCCUGCCCCGAUGGCUACACAGGAAACGGGAUCACCUGCUCUGACGUCGAUGAGUGCAAAUACCAUCCUUGCUACCCAGGCGUGCGCUGCGUGAACUUGGCUCCUGGCUUCCGAUGUGAUGCAUGCCCAGUGGGCUUCACGGGGCCCAUGGUACAGGGUGUUGGGAUCAAUUUUGCCAAGUCGAAUAAGCAGGUCUGCACUGAUAUUGAUGAGUGUCAAAAUGGAGCAUGCGUUCUCAAUUCUAUCUGCAUUAACACUUUGGGAUCUUACCGCUGUGGGCCUUGCAAACCAGGGUACACUGGUGAUCAGACAAGGGGCUGCAAAACUGAAAGGAACUGUCGAAAUCCAGAACUGAACCCCUGCAGCGUCAAUGCACAAUGCAUCGAAGACAGGCAGGGUGAUGUGACCUGCGUGUGUGGAGUUGGCUGGGCCGGUGAUGGCUACGUCUGUGGAAAGGACGUGGACAUCGACAGUUACCCCGACGAAGAACUGCCAUGCUCUGCCAGGAACUGCAAGAAGGACAACUGCAAGUAUGUGCCAAAUUCCGGCCAGGAAGAUGCAGACAGAGACGGCAUUGGAGAUGCUUGUGACGAUGAUGCUGACGGAGACGGGAUCCUGAAUGAGCAGGACAACUGCGUCCUGACUCACAAUGUGGACCAGAGGAACAGUGACAAAGAUAUCUUUGGGGACGCCUGUGAUAACUGUCGGACUGUCUUAAAUAACGACCAGAAGGACACUGAUGGGGAUGGGAAAGGAGACGCCUGUGACGACGACAUGGAUGGAGAUGGAAUAAAAAACAUUUUGGACAACUGCCCAAAAGUUCCCAAUCGUAAUCAACGGGACAAGGAUGGUGAUGGUGUAGGAGAUGCCUGUGACAGUUGUCCCGAUGUCAGCAACCCUAACCAGUCGGAUGUGGACAACGAUUUGGUUGGAGACUCCUGUGAUACCAAUCAGGACAGUGACGGAGAUGGACACCAGGACAGCACCGACAACUGCCCCACCGUCAUUAACAGUUCCCAGCUGGACACGGAUAAGGAUGGAAUUGGGGACGAGUGUGACGAUGAUGAUGACAAUGAUGGCAUCCCAGACGUGGUGCCCCCUGGGCCAGACAACUGCCGGCUGGUCCCCAACCCACUCCAGGAGGACAGCAACAGUGAUGGGGUAGGAGACAUCUGUGAGAGUGACUUUGACCAGGACCAGGUCAUCGAUCGGAUCGACGUCUGCCCAGAGAAUGCAGAGGUCACCCUGACUGAUUUCAGGGCCUACCAGACGGUGGUCCUGGAUCCCGAAGGGGACGCACAGAUUGAUCCCAACUGGGUGGUCCUGAACCAGGGCAUGGAGAUUGUGCAGACCAUGAACAGCGAUCCUGGCCUGGCAGUAGGGUACACAGCGUUUAAUGGAGUCGAUUUCGAAGGGACCUUCCAUGUAAAUACCCAGACAGACGAUGACUACGCAGGCUUUAUCUUUGGCUACCAAGAUAGCUCCAGCUUCUACGUGGUCAUGUGGAAGCAGACAGAGCAGACAUAUUGGCAAGCUACACCCUUCCGAGCUGUUGCAGAACCUGGCAUUCAGCUCAAGGCUGUGAAGUCUAAGACCGGUCCAGGGGAGCAUCUCCGGAACUCCCUGUGGCACACAGGGGACACCAGCGACCAGGUCAGGCUGCUGUGGAAGGACUCCAGGAACGUGGGCUGGAAGGACAAGGUGUCCUACCGCUGGUUCCUGCAGCACAGGCCCCAGGUGGGCUACAUCAGGGUGCGGUUCUAUGAAGGCUCUGAGUUGGUGGCUGACUCUGGAGUCACCAUAGACACUACCAUGCGUGGAGGCCGACUCGGUGUGUUCUGCUUCUCUCAAGAAAACAUCAUCUGGUCCAACCUCAAGUAUCGCUGCAACGACACAAUCCCAGAGGACUUCCAAGAGUUUCAAACCCAGAAUUUCGAUCGCCUGGAUAAGUAACCGGAAGAAGCAAUCUGUAACUGCUUUCCCAACCCCUAAAACCAUGUAUUUUUAAACUUCCUAUAAUUUCCUUCAUAUACACUGUGGCUUUCUUUUACCCACCCAAAUAUAUCAAAACUUUUUAUAUGAAUGUGGCAAUAAAAGAGAAGAGAUCGUUUCUAAA